GAAAUAAAAUAUUAUUAUUAUUAUUAUUAUUAUUGGUUUAUAUUGAAGGAAUGGAAAUAUUAUUAAAAAUCCUCACAUAGCUGAAUUAUCAGAAGAUGUUUUGUAUCAUCUUUCUUUAAGUACAACUACACACAACUUGCAAGAAAUGUUUGGAGACGUAAAGUAGAUUGUACACUGCAUGCAAAUUGUUUUUUGUGAUUAAUUAUUAUUUAGUUUGUAUGUGUUGGAGGAACUACAAAACGAAUGGCGGAUUUCGCCCAAUAUAUGACAUGCGAACUAAAUUACAAAUUACCUCCAGGAACAGCUCUUUACGAUAUUAGUGGGAGCUCGUACAGAUUUUCUAUGUACAAAGUAGGCCCCGUUCUGUGCGUUAGUCACGGAAUGGGAACUCCAUCCAUCUCCAUCAUGCUCCACGAACUUAUAAAACUUUUACACUAUUCGGCUUGUCGAGAUGUUACAAUUUUGCGAUUAGGAACUUGCGGCGGUAUUGGUGUGAAAGAAGGAAGUUUAAUAAUCACAAGCUCUGUUGUAGAUGGAUUGAUGCGGCCUUAUCAAGAGGCAAUAGUACUAGGAAGGAAAGUCAAGCGUGAAGCUAUUUUAGAUGUAAAUCUUGCCAGAGAAUUAUUAAAAAUAGCUAAAAGUCAUCUAUGUGAAUACCCGAGUUGUUUAGGUACAACCAUGUGUACAGAUGAUUUUUAUGAAGGCCAAGCAAGAUUAGAUGGAGCUUUCUGCAAUUACACCGAAAAAGAGAAAUUGGAAUACUUACAAAAUAUAAAUAGAAUGGGAGUAGUUAACAUGGAAAUGGAAUCGCUAGUGUUCGCGGCUAUGUGUACAAAUGCUGGAAUUUCAGCUGCCGUCAUAUGUGUGGCUCUAUUGGACAGACUAAAAGGUGAUCAAAUUAUUGCAUCGAAAGAAGAACUGCAAGAAUGGCAAUCCAGACCACAACAAUUAGCUGCUCUGUUUAUUAAGAACAGAGUGGAGAACCUUCAUAAAAAUUAGCAAACAAAGCCGAUAUAUAUAUAUAUAACAGCGUAACGAUUCUUUGUAGAUUUAUUUAAAUACUGUAUGUAUAAAAAAUACGUGUCGUAUAAAUCUUGUAUAUUUCGAUAAUAGGCCUAUAUUUAUAAUACAUUAUCAUCAUGAAAACACACACAAUUUCUUAAGUCAACAAUAGAUGGCGGAAUUAAAUAAUAAUUAAAAAUAUAUGACAUCAAAAUAAUGUUUUCUUAUAAACAGUAAUUAAAUAAAAUUACAUUUAGUUUAAUUAAUUAAAAAAAAUAUAAAGGUUUUGAUCCUUUAAAUUUCAAAAUAUACGUUUAACACUAAAAUACGAUCGAGCAUAAAAGUUACCUCCCACUUAUUGGGAGGAGUUAAGCUGAGAAUUGGCCGUCUGUCAUUG